CAAUACCCGAGCUCCUCCACUCUCCACAAAAUGUCGGAGUCGCUCUUUUCAUCUUGCGCGGAGGUACUUUCUCUUUGCCAACAUUCGGCAGAUGACCUCUCGGCACUCCUGGAUCCUGACACAGGGUUCGCGCCGCGUCUCCGCAAGCUCUGCACCGACGAGCUCAAUGAGCUCGAACGAGGAGGUCACUCUCACGCGUCAGCAGCCGAGGUUGAAGCACUGCGAAUGGAGGCGAACACUUGGGGGCUGCUACAGGCGGUUAUGCCUGCGCGAAAGACGGAACCAGAACCCUCCCCGAGCCCACGCGAACUCCUCGCCGAGAACCCAUACACUCCAACAUCUACUCUCGCUCAGGCUAUCAUGAAAUCUUCGCCCCUCCUCUCCGAACUCAUUGUCGUCCGCGAAUGGCUGCAUGAGACUGCACCUUCACCACAGUACCCGGAGGCCACGACUGGCUACUGGAAGUUCACGAAACAUAACGUGAUGCAGGCGCUGCGGACAGGCGGGUCGCGGGACGGGUUGGUGAAGGAGAUGGAUCCGGAUGCUGCAAACAGAGGGGACGGGAAGUCACUCGCUGCGGAUGACUCGCGUUUCGAGAAAAGCCUCGCUCAGGCAUUGUAUACAUUCGUGAGGGCGGGUCGGUUGGAGGACGCGGUGGAAAUAUGUCGGAAGUCACAUCAGCCAUGGCGUGCGGCGAGUAUACGCGGGUCACUCUUGUUUCAGUGGCGGGCCAUUGCACACGAAAGCGCCGAAGACGACGGAGCGGACGAUUACGAUGACGCUGAAGGAUGGCAAGGUAACCGACAUCGUAGACAGUGGAAACGCGCAUGUGCUCGAGCAGCCAAUAAUACUAGUUUGUCUGAUUCCGAACGAGCCCUCUAUGCUGCACUCGCGCCGUGCCCGGAGACGUUCACCGUACUCAAGUCCGCGUGCCGAACAUGGGAAGACCACCUUUGGGCGCAGGUCUGCAUUCUCUGUGAAGAGAAGCAGUCCCAGGAGAUGCUCAAGCUGGGAGGCGGGUUCUGGGACGAAGGCCUUGCUGCGCUGAAGAAGUUGGGUGGCCUCCAAAACGACGUCAACCAAGGAGAGGAGGAGGAAGAGUGGUUGAAUGAGGCGACGGCUAGUCUGGAGGGGCUGAGCGGGGCACAAGUCGAGGACGGACCUCCGGCCGACCAUGCAUUCCAUGUCUGCCAGUUGGCUAUCAUCAUGGACCGCAUACACCCUCUGCUCGAAGGCUUCGCGUCAGGGUUACAGAACGGAAUGUAUGAGCCAAGUAUGCCUGAGUAUGCGACGAUGACGCGUUUCUUUGCCCACCUUGCACUGUUCCUCCAGAUGAUCGAUGUUUCAGUACCCCCAUUAGCUACACAGGUUGUUCUAGAGGCGUAUCUCCAGCUCCUCGAGUCUGCUGGCCAACGAGAGCUCAUCGCCAUGUAUGCGGGAGCUCUUGGUGAGAAUGCAGUCGAGCGCUACGCAAUGUUCCUCACUUCGCUGGAGCUCAACGCGGACAUCAACGAGCGGCGCAUGGCGCUCACCCGCGCACGCGAGCACGGUCUGGACAUGAGUCGCGUUGCUAUCGUCACUGCUGAGAGGACUAUCGAAAGAGCGUUCAAUGCACUACCUUCACUGAGCGGGCCGCUACCGUCUAUUGUCGCGCUGCAAGCCGCUGCGACUAGCGAGGAGAUGCUCCUGCUCCGUUCGAUAGAAUGGACGACGUUUAUGGACAACACGUACAAGACGGCACUGGAGCAAGCCACGGUCAUUUUGCGAUACUUCCUCGGGUCAGGACGGAUCAAGCUUGCGCAAAGCCUGCUCGAACUGCUCCCGGCUGAACUUGCAUCGAUUGACGGACCUGAAGAACUUUCGGUCGAGUAUCUGAACUACCGCCAGUUCUUCACCAUCUGGGAGGCGCUCGACCGGGUGACGGAGUGUCGGUCCCUCGAAGUCUCGCUGAUGGGUAAGGAGGCGCGUCUUUCAUGGCUCAAGGACUACAAGGGUCUGAUCGAUCAAGCCUAUGAGCUCAUCGAAAAAUUGCUCACGUCCGAUUGGCUCUUUGCUGAUGAUAACACUGGUACCCGACGUGCCAAAGAGCUCGGACGUAUCCGACAGAUCUACGUUCCGGAGCUAAUCAUCCGCGUGCAUGCACUACUCUUCACAUCUCGAACGCAUAUUCCUGAAAAUCUGAGACGAUGCUUGAUGCUGGCGACAGUGGUGGCUGACUCGCGGUAUAAGCUGUACGAUGACUUCCUCGAUGGUGAGCCACGCAAGCUAGGCGAGUAUCUGCAGGCUGUGAGGCAGGCGACUUUGGCGGGUAUUGAGGGAGGAGGGUCGGAUCUGUUCAGAGUCAUUUCUCAGUAG